AUGCACAGAUCAUUUCAUUAACUAUAACAAAAAUUUAACACACCUAAAAUACAAAAAGAAUAAGACAGUUAUCCUAUUUAAAACUCAUAAACUUCUAAAUAUGUCAGAAAUGAUGAAACUGUUUAAUAAUUUAGUAUCAUUGACCAUCCUAAAUAUUAUCUUCUAAGCCAAAAUACUCAGAAUUUUCCCCUCUAUAAUUUAAGUAUUUCCUUAUCUAAAAUAAGCUGAUAGAAUUUAUUCUCCUAUAGGAAAAUAAGAUUAAUCUUCUAAUUUAAGAAAAAAAGAAAACAUCAAAAUUAUUGAUUCAUAUGAAGUCAAAUAUAGUAAUUUGAAUACUGAAAAUGUUCAUCUAUAAAAUCAAAUAUAAGCAGAUUAAUUAAGAUACGAAAAAAUAAUCAAUGGAUUAGAAAUGCAGCUCUAAAAUUAAUCUUAUCAAUUAUAAACAGAAUAACACAAUAUUUAAUAAUAAUAAUUGUUAUUAUAAUAAAAAAAUGAAGAAAUUUAAUUUUUAGCCAAUGAAAUGAAAAAGAAUGAAAUUAAGCUUAAAUAAAUUUAAUAAAAUGUAUUUAUUAUGAUUUAUUAACAAGAAUGUUCAAUAUGCAGAUGAAAAUUAGAAUUUAACAUGUUAAAUCUAAAAUUUAGAACAUGAGUUAUAAUGUUUAAAAUAAUAAUUUCAAGAUAUUCAACUUUAAAGUAAAAGGUAAAUUGAGGAAACUUAAAUAUAAGUUGAAAAUGAGAAUUCCCUUAAAAGUUAACUACACUUAAAAAAUGUUUAAUAAAUACAUUAAUAAAUUUUGAGCUAGAAAAAUGAUUAACUUAUAUUAGAAUAAUAAAAAUAUUCAAAAUUAUUAGCUUAAUUUGAUAAUUUAAUAAAUGAAAAACAUAAAUUGUAAUAGUUGAUAGAUAAUCUAUAAAUUGAAAAAACUACUAUAUAAUAAUAAAUUAAUUAAUAAAAUUAAAUUUCUGAAGAACUAAGAUAAAAAAGUAUUAGUUUGACAAAGGAAUUAUAAUUAAUACAUGAUAACCAUAAUUAAUAAGAUUCUGUGCAUUAAACAUUUAUCUAAGAACUCAAAUAAUAAUAUGAUUAAUAAUAAUAAAUCAAUAAUUUAUAAAGAAGAUUAGAUGAAACUGUUUUAACAUAUUAAAGUGAAAACUAACAAUAAGAUUAGAGAAUAAGAGAUUUAUAAUAGUAAUUAUAAUAAUCUGAGAAUCAUUUCUAAAUAAUGAAGACUGAAAAUGCAAAAUUAUAUGUGAUAGAUUAGGAAUUAGAGAAAGAAAUUAAAAUAUAAUAAAAAGAAUAAGAGAGAAUUAUAAAAUUGAAAAAUUAAGAAAUAUAAUAAUUACAAGAAGAUCUUUAGAAAUUUAAGCAAUAACUAUUAGAAUAGUAAUCAAAAUACUAUGAAAAAUUACAGGAGUGUAACAAACAAGAUCUGAUUAUUAAUGAUAUCAAAAGUGAAUUACAAUUAUAAUAGAAUUCUAUAAAUGAAAUUGAAAUAAGAAUUAAAAAAUAAUAGGAAAGAGAUAUUUUAGAGUUGAAAGGAUUUCAUAAUUAACAGAUUUAUAAUUUGGAAGAAUAGAUUAAAACUUUAUAAGGAGAGAUUGAAAAACUAUUAAUUUAAAAUAGUAAGAAUAAUGAAUAAUUAAAUUAAUAUAAAUUUAAUUAAUAAUUAUUAGAUAAUUCAAUAAAUGAGUUGAAAUAUUAAUUAGGGGAAAUGGAAAAACAAAAAAUAAAUGAAUUUAAAGAUAACUAAUCUGAAUUUGAAAAUUUUAGAAAAGAAUUAAAAAAUUAAAAUAUCAGGUUAUAAUAAGAAAAAUAAUAAACAGAGUAACAAUUAAAGUAAUAAAAAUAAAAAUUAAAAGAAUUAGAAACUUCAAAAAUCGAAUUAGAAUUCACAUCUUCUUAAUAGAUAUAAUAUUAUCAAGAACAAUUAAAAUAAAAAGAUUAACAAAUUGAUUAAUUUAAUUAAGAUAAAAAUAAAAUUGAUACUUUAUUAAAAUAAACAAAAGAAAAAUUAAAUUAAGCAGAAUUUCAAGUAGUAGAGUUAAAUUAAAGAUCUGAUAUUUAUCUUAAGGAAUUUUAAGAAUCAAUAUAAUAAAGAGAUCUUGAAAGAAAUUAGUUUAAAUAAAAAUUUAAUUUUUAUGAAACUAGAAUAUCAAAGUGUAAAUAGGUAAUUAAUUAAUAUGAAAUUGAUAUUUACAAUCUUAACAAUUAAAUUGACAAAACAUAAAAAUAAAUGGAUUAAACUUAGCUUGAAUGUUAAUAAAAAAUGGAAGAUGCAAAAAAGAAAGAGUAGAAAUUAUUAGAUCAAAUUAUGAAUUAAAAUUAAUAGUUGAAAUUGAAUGAAGAAUAAUUUAUCAAAUAUUAAGAGGAACAUAAAGAAUCUAAUAAAUAAAUUUAAUAAAUACUUUAAGAAAAAGAAGCUAUGAUUAAGAGUUUAGAAAAUGAAAAGGUAUAUAUUUAAAUCAGUAUUAGGAUGUUUUAAAUAAUUAAAUUGAAAUAUUAUAAUAAAAGCUUAAUUAAAAAGAUGCUAAAAUGAAUCAAUUAUAAUAAUAAUUUAUAAAUUUGGAAACUUAAUAUUAAGACAAAGAACUAUAGUAUGACUCUCUAAGAUAAUAAAUAGAUUAGAAUUAUGUACACAUUGAAGAUUAUGAUUAAUUGAAAUAGAAAAAUAACAAUUUAUUAAAUGAGAUUCAUGAAUUUGAGAAUAACUCAUAAAAAUCAAAUAGUGAGAGGCAAUCAUUGAAAAAAUAAGUGGAAAAGUUAAAGAGUGAUCUAGAGAUGAAAGAAUAAGAGUUAGAUUAAGCUUUUAUAUAAAUAAAUAAGAAAAAGGGAGACAAUGGUAAUUUAGAGAAGAUGACUAAAGAAAUAUAAAGAUUGAGUUUUGAACUGUCAGAUGCUUAAACAUUGUUGUAAGCAAAAAGUGAGUAAUUAAAUUUACUGAGAAGAGAAAAUGAUGAUCAAUUAGAACAAUUAAAUAAGUUGAAGCGAUAAUAAAAUUAAGUAUUAGAAAAAGAAUAAUUUAAAAAGAUAGAUAGAUAAAUCUGA